AUGAACUGGACCAACACGACAGUUGCCAACUGCUGGUGUUCUGCAGCACUCUUUUCUUUCUCUGAACCUGGUUACGGUUACGGCACUCACGGCCACACCACCCACAGCGUUAGCUACGGCCACCCCACCUACGGAUACAUGCACGGCUACCCCUCCGUCAGCUACGGCCAUGCCGGCUAUAGCUGCGGCCACGGCUAUGGUUCAUACGGCCACGUGCACCGCCUCUACAAGCGUGAGGCUGAAGCUGAGCCCGGCUAUGGCCUUGGCCACAGAACCAGCUACAGCGUUAGUUACGGCCACCCCACCUACAGCGUCAGCUACCCCUCAUACGGCUAUGGUCACAGCUAUGGAUACGGCUUCCCGUCCUACGGCCACGCUUCAUAUGAGUAUCGUCAUGGUAUUCACAAACGCGAGGCUGACCCUGAGCCUGGAUACAUUAACAACUACCGUUACAGCUACGGCCUGCCCAGCUACGGCUACCGCACCUACGGCCACAGAACAUACGGUCAUUCCACCCACGGUUACUACCAUUAA